AUGAACCAGAAUUUCUCAAUAUUUCCAAAUUGUAGAAUUUCUUUGAAACCACCUCCAUGCGUUGAUCCUACCAAGGCUACAUUAGCAUACGGAAGAUUGGCAAUACCCAGAUUAAAUCGUGAACUCCAAGAUGUCGAUCUAUUAACAAGGCAAAGAGCAAUUAAGACACUUUGUGAUUAUUUGCAUGACCCAGAGCAUAUUCACGAAGCUAUUUGUGGGGGAAUUAUUCCAUCACUUGUUAAACUUUUGACCGACGAUGACGAAUACAUCCGAGCUAUUACUGCAGAAUGCUUUGUUAUUCUUAAUCGCAAGUUGAUAAAAAUAAAAUUUAUUGAACACAGUAACGGUCGUGAAGCCUUUAUUGAAAAUAAUGUAUAUGAAUCGAUUAAACUUCUUUUUUCAUCCAGUGAAAAAGAAAUCAUCAGAUUGAAUGCUCAUCGAGCGAUUGAGCUUUUGGUUCUUAAUCCGCUGUAUGCCGAAAUUUUGGUUAAACGGAGAAUUAUCUCAUGUUUGCUCAGUUGUUACAGGAGGGAGAUUAGAGAAAUCCAGAUUGUAAUUCUUGAUGCGCUGAAUAAAUGCCUUGCGAUAAACCCAGAAGAUGGACUUAAUGCUGGCGGUAUUGAGGCCUUCUAUAAUACCCUAACGCAUUUAAGUUCGGAUAUUAGACAUAAAAGUGUUCAGGCAAUGCAUCUAUUAGUUGCUAGCGAUAGGGGAAAAACAGAAACAAUUGAGAAAGGGAUGGUACCCAAAUUAAUCGAGCUUUUAAGUGAUUCAAAUUCCGAAAUUCAGGCAUCGGCUGCAGGAGCUCUCGCUUUUAUUUGCGUUAAGACCGAGGGUCGGUACGCUUGCUUGAAAGGUUUCGCUAUCCCUAGUCUGCUUAAAUGCCUCUUCAAUUCUAACAGUCGUGUUCGGGCCUUGGGUUGUAUUGCUGAAGCUCCAGAAGGUAGGAGCAAGCUGCAAAUUUCACUCGUAGAGAUAUAUGCUUGGAAUUUCAAUGCCUAG